GUGGCCUUAUAACAUCGCAAAGAAACUGAAACCCGUCUGAAUCCAAUCAAAAGAUGGAUCAACCCGACCCGAGAAACGCUUCUGGCCUGAUCCUCUCCGCCACCGAACCGAUGCGGUCGUUUCUCGCGUUGGCCUGCGAUGAUCAUCGCCUCUCCGAGGAGCUCAGAGAUAUCGCUUCUGAUCUGCGCCCAAGGAACACCGUUCCGUACAAAUUGCUCCGCGCUAUAUGGACCGGAUCCGAUCCUUCGACCAGACCGGACUUGUUGGGACUUUUCUCCGGCUCCGGUUUCGUCUUCACCAGUCCCAAACCGAGAGAAAAGAGUGAAGAACUGAAGCUGAGAUUGCUUAAGCUGAGAGACAUAGCAGAGAGGAAGGAGUAUGCCGAGCUUGUUAAAGAUAUUACACCUAGGAAACAAGUCGAAGAGCCUUUCUCCUCUUACAAAGACCAGCUCGGUUUUGGUUUACACGUUGGUCUUACCAUGUUCACUGGAUAUUUGGUUGGGUACGCUUCCUUCAGAGCUUUGUUCAACCGCAAUCCCGCUUUGAGUGCUGCUGGUGGGAUUCUUGGACUAGUUUUGGCGAUGCUUGUGGAAACGCUUCUGUUUAUAAUCAAAACAUCUAAAGAUGAUCAGAUUCAGAGCUCUCAAUCAUCGUCAUCAUUCACUCCCACUACUAAAAAGAAUCAAUAGAACUUGUUUUUGCCUUCUCGUUCUCUGGUUCUACUGAGGAUAGAAAUUUAGCUUGGAUGUAUCUGAUAUGAUCGAGACCAUUCAUCUAACACAAAAAAACAGAAAGUUAUCUGAAACAAUUGAAUUUUUAUUCUUCUGUCUUUUCUUUUAUGGUUGUUAAAUUUGUAUUAAUCUAUCCUUUUCAAUUAA